GAGCGUGUGACCAGAACGAGAAGAGCUGGGGGCAUGGCUCAAUUCGAACUCUUAAACCAGGUAGUUUUACUGAAAUAAAAAAAGAUAUCAGUCACAGCCUCAAGGCAUCUUAACAGCACACAGCCUCUAAAAGAAGAGACCAUACAUGGAUUGUAUGUACAAGAUUUCCUGACUGCACUCAGAUAUGUGAAAACUCUUCUUCAUCAUGGACGAAGAGACCAAUGAAAACCCAUUUGUGCCCAAAGAAAAUACGAGUUUAAGUCCGUCCAUAAAAGUGAAGCACCGCUACGGUUCCACGGCCAGAGAGUCGGGGGAGGAGGAACAACCUCUCGUUACUAAUAUAACCAACAAUAUGCCCUCUUCUGCAAGAGCCUACAUUGCCGUGGCUGUGCUGUGCUACGUAAACCUGCUCAACUACAUGGACCGAUACACAAUUGCAGGAGUUUUGCCUAGCCUCCAGACAUACUUUGCCAUUAACGACAGCAUGGCUGGACUACUACAGACAGUUUUUAUCUGCAGUUUCAUGCUGCUGGCUCCGGUGUUCGGGUACCUUGGAGACCGUUAUAACAGGAAGUUGAUCAUGGUGGGAGGAAUGACUGCAUGGAUCGCCACAACAUUGGGCAGCUCGUUCAUCACAGCAGAGUACUUCUGGUUGCUGUUGCUCUUGCGAGCCUUGGUUGGUACUGGAGAGGCCAGUUACUGCACCAUAGCUCCCACCAUUUUUGGAGACCUGUUCACUGGCGCCCAAAGAACCCUCAUGAUCUCCUUCUUCUACAUUUUCAUUCCUGUUGGAAGUGGUCUUGGGUACAUUCUGGGAGCCCAGAUUGCUACUGCAACAGGAGACUGGCGUUGGGCCCUCAGGCUGAACCCAAUUCUUGGGGUACCAGGGGUAAUCCUUCUCAUGUUGCUGACCCCCAACCCUCCACGAGGAGCCUUGGAAACCAAAGGAGAAGCAUGCAUAGAGCACACAUCUUACCUAGAGGACAUCAAAUAUCUAUUCAGGAACCGGAGCUUUGUGUGGUCCACUCUAGGAGUGACUGCCAUGGCUUUCGUCACAGGUGCCUUGGCUUUCUGGACACCGACCUUCAUGUCUCGUGCUCGAAUCAUCCAGGGCAUCACUACUGAAUGCACUAAAGAGCCAUGUGACCCUUCAGACAGUUACAUCUUCGGCGGAAUCACAGUGGGGACGGGAAUCGUGGGCGUUUUAAUCGGCUCGUUUAUAUCCAGGAAGCUGAAGGACAAAGUGGCCAAUGCUGAUCCACUCAUCUGUGCCGUGGGAAUGCUCAGUUCUUCUCCCUGCUUGUUUAUCGCCAUGACCCUGGCAUCCAUGAGUAUUCCUGCCACAUAUACUUUUAUCGCUAUUGGAGAAAUACUGCUCUCUCUGAACUGGGCCAUUAUAGCUGACAUCCUACUGUAUGUCGUUAUACCAACUCGAAGGUCAACAGCUGAAGCUUUACAGAUUUUAACGUGUCACCUACUUGGGGAUGCAGGAAGUCCAUACCUCAUUGGCACUAUCUCAGAUGCUCUGAGUAAGCUUAAUCCUAACUCUCCUUACUGGAAGUUCCGCAGUCUGGAGUACAGCAUCUUUAUCUGUCCUUUCGUCGGUGUCCUGGGAGGCCUUUUCUUCCUUCUCACUGCCCUUUAUGUCAAAGAGGACAGGAAAGCGGCUGAGAGGAUGAUGACAGGAGAAACUCCAGACCAGGCUGAACCGGUUACAGAGGAAACCUGACCUGGGGCAGAACCACUAGAGUUGGGCAGAACCACUGCUUGGUGAACAUCGCACAGUGAUUUCCUUUUAACAUGUUUUAAACAUUUUGUUUACUGUUGUCAUUAUUUUGUACUCUUGUGCAGUUUUGUACAGUACAGCUAUAUCCAAUUAUAUGCUCUCUUAUUUUAUACGAACUAACCCUUGGUCAUGCUCUGUAAUAAACAGCUAUAUUUUUAAAAA